GACGUUGCACGAAUGAAACAUACAGUGCAUCGCACCCACUGUUUCCUCGAACCUGCUUCUGUCCCAUAAGUGCAGGCUGUGUGACGCGGGCAUAGGUUAAAGCGCUAUUCCAUAUUGCACGACAUUUAUUGUUUUUGUGUCAGUGACUGUGUUUACGUGGAAAAGAAGCGAUCCUUAUCCACAGGCUCGGUGUUUCAGCGCUGUCUCGAUCAAACUUCGGCCCUUCGAUAAUCCAACAUGAAGGUAAAAGAGCUUCAUAAGAACGUCAACGUGGCCUGGUCACCGCAGGCCCACUACCCGUUACUUUUGGCAGCUGGUACUGCUGCCCAACAAUUGGAUGCCAGUUUCAGCACCAGUGCCAGUCUGGAUCUUUAUUCCCUCAAUUUACAACAGCCUGGCUAUGACAUGCAACUUAGUGCUAGCGUACCAAGUGAUGAAAGAUUCCACAAAAUCGUAUGGGGUGCUUAUGGAAAUGAUCCAGCUGGUAUCAUUGUGGGAGGAUGCGAUCAAGGCAAAAUUAAAAUUUAUUCUGCUGCUAAAGUGCUUGCCAAAGAUAGCAAUUCUUUACUCAGUAGUCCUGAAAGACAUAAAGGAUCUGUUAAAGCCAUGGACUUGAACCCAUUUCAGUCAAAUUUAUUAGCAACCGGAAGUACUGAAAGUGAAAUUUUUAUUUGGGAUUUAAAUAAUUUAAAUACACCAAUGUCCCCUGGUCCCAAAAGUAUGCCUGCUGAAGAUGUUCAACAUAUUGCAUGGAAUGAACAAGUUGAACAUAUUCUUGCAUCAACAUUUUCUCAACGUUGUGUAAUUUGGGACCUUAGAAAGAAUGAAGCUAUCAUCAAAUUGCAUGAUGCAAAUUCAAGGGUGAGGUGGAAAUCAGUACAAUGGCAUCCUGAUGUUGCAACUCAAUUAUGUUUAGCUUCUGAAGAUGAUCAAAGUCCUAUUAUUGAAUUAUGGGAUUUACGAUUUGCAACAUCACCCCUUAAAACUUUGCAUAACCACCAACGUGGUGUUCUUGCUAUUGCUUGGAAUCAGCAAGACUCAGAUUUACUACUCAGCUGUGCAAAAGACAAUAGAAUACUUUGUUGGAAUCCUAAUUCAGAUGCUCCUAAUGGAGAAGUAGUUUGUGAAUUAGCUCAAACUAGUCAAUGGAACUUUGAUGUUUUAUGGUGUCCUCGACAUCCAGAUUUAGUAGUUGGUACAAGUUUUGAUGGAGUUGCUACAGUUUAUUCAAUUCUUGGUGGACACAAUCAACAAUCAGCAGUGACAUCAAAUAAAAUUGUAGAAUCUUUCCCUGGAAUGGACCCUUUUACUCAGCCACCACCAUCAGCUGUCCAUCACACAGAUGAAGCUUCUAUUCUCAAAAAAGCUCCAAAGUGGCUUAAAAAACCAUUUGGUGCUUCAUUUGGAUUUGGUGGAAAACUUACAACUUUUGAAAAUUUACCCGUUGAUCCAAAUAUGCCAGCAAAUACUAACAGAAGAGUUUAUGUAUCUCAAGUCAUUACAAACCCAGAUCUGAUUCAAAGAUCAAAUGAACUUGAGGCUGCUGUCAAGACUGGUCAAUUUAGUGAUUUUUGUAAAGGAAAGGCAGAUAAUGCUAAAGAUGAGCAUACCAGAAAAGUGUGGAAUUGUAUUGGUGCUUAUUUCGGUGAAAAUGUUUCGCAGGAACUUUUGGAACUUUUAGGAUUUGAGUUAGAAAGUAUGAAUAAUAAAUUGAAUCAAUUUGUGCCUCACCCAGAAAUAGAAAAUGUUACGAAAGGCAUUGAAAAUUUAAACAAUGGUAUAAAUGGCAAUACUUUGGACGGAAGUGCAGCUUUUGACGCUAUUGCAGAAAAGGAACAGAAUAAAUCAGUAUCUUCUGCAUUGACAAAUAAGAAAUUAGAUGUUAAUUUCAAGAUAGACACAUUAAAUGGAAAUGAAGGACUUAUCACACAAGCUAUUUUAUUAGGAAAUAUUGAAGCUGCUGUGGCAUUAUGUUUUGAUAAUAAAAAAUAUGCUGACGCUAUCGUCUUGUCGAUGGCCGGUGGUGCAGAAUUAUUAGCACAAACAAGAAAAAGAUACUUUUCUGAACACAGUGGAACAUUGAAUUCUCUCAUUAAUUCAUUGGUUAGCGAAAACUGGGAGGAUGUCGCGAAAAAUUGUGAUAUUGAUUGCUGGAAGGAGGCACUGAUCGGUAUAUUUACACAUGUUAAUACACAAAGACGUAGUGCAUUGAUUGAAAUUUUGGCCGAUCGUCUUGCCGCAAGUGACAGUGAAAAACAUCGAAAAGACGCUCAGAUCUGCUAUAUAUGCUCGGGCAACUUGAAUAAAACCAUCGAAGUCGCUAAAAUGGAUCUUCAAGAAACAGUGGAGAUCGUCACUGUCAUGCAAAGGGCUCUCGAAUUCCAUUUGAUGCAAAAAAUUGAGAUCGAAGGCAAUAUUGCAUCGGUACUUACGCGUUAUGCUGAACUACUUGCAGCUGAGGGCGAUCUCGAAGCAGCAAUAAACUAUUUAGGCAAUAGUCAAGAACCCAGCAUUGUUAUGUUGAGAGAUCGAUUGCACAAAUCACUUGGACUUGUGCAAAUCGAACCUCAGCGUCCCAACAGAAAUGCCCAAUACACUACUGGAUAUGCACAAAAUCAACCUUUGCAGCGUAAAUCCAUUCCUGGAAUGCCUCAAGCUCAAUCAAACAUGUUCAAUCCUAUUCAGCCUCAAGCUCAAUCAAACAUGUUUAAUCCUAUUCAGCCUCCAGCUCAGUCGAACAUGUUUAAUCCUAUCCAGCCGCCAAGUAAUGCAUCUUCCAUGCCACCGCAACAGCCUUCCUGGAACACAGCUCCAACGAAACAAUCCUUCAACAACUCUUCCAUGAAUUACCCUGGAGUAGCGAACAAUCAAUCUUAUCCGUCGACACAACCAGCCACACCUUUCGUGCCAUCGGUACCACAAGCACCUCCGUCGAUGAUGCAAGAUCCCUACACGCCCCAGGCUCCAUUGACUCCAGCCAUACCACCUCCGCCACCUACGUCUGCAACGAAUCUCAGCCAGUCUAGUGGUUCGAGGCCAGGAAGCGUCGGACCGCAAUCGAAAUCCAAGUACGUCGUCGACCCAUCUGUAAAAUCUGGAUCAACUUAUGGCCCCGGUGGGUACGGCUCGGCCAGUGGGUUCGGCCCCACCGGAGGCUAUGGUUACGGUGGAAUGCAACAACCUCAGCCGAGCUAUCCGGCACCUAAUGCAACACCCCAACAAGUACAGCAACCAUCUCUGUAUACACCAACUCCAGUAGCUGCGCAGACAUUAGCUCCGUCUACUUACACUUAUCCCAACGAUACCCCAUCGUAUCAGUCUGGUAAUCAAUCUUCUGGGUGGAAUGAUCCACCUAUUUACAGCAAAUCAAACAAAGCUCAGCCAAAAACAGAAUUCCAGCAGCAAAAUCCAAUAAUGCACCCUCUAGGAGGUGCUACUCAUAUGACAGAACCUACGGUUUACCAGCCUGAUCCAAAUUACCAACAACAUCAACAGAUGGGACCUCAAGGCACGUACAAUCAGUUCAAUUCUGCCCCAGGAAUGCAAUCUUACAAUAGAGCCGCUGAACCACCAAUUCAGCCGGCUCAAAUAGUUAGAGUACCUGAGCCCGAAAAACCGAAAGCACCCAUUCCAGAAGAGCAUAAAAAGUUACAAAGUACCUUUAAUGAAUUGAAAGAUAGAUGCUUUGAAGUUGCUCGAAAUCCUCAACUGAAGAAAAAGAUCGAGGACGUUUCGAGGAAAUUAGAAGUUUUUUAUGAUUAUCUUCGUGAGCAGAAAAUCUCGCCGAGCACUUUACAAGGCCUUCAUCAAAUAUGUGAUACGGUACAAGCUGGAGACUAUCAAGGGGGUCUGAGCAUACAUACUCAGUUGGUGUCCGGUCCAGAUUUUAGUCAGAUUGCUUCGUUCAUGCCUGGAAUUAAAGUAUUACUUCAAACUGCUCUUCAACUUAACGUUUAUCUCAGAUAAAUCAAGCGCAUCGAUUUUUAUGUGAGAUGUUUGAACUUCAAACGAAGAUUAAUUCACCUCAUAAAAAAAAUAUAUUUUGUACAUAUCGUUUAUUUAUCGUUGAAAGUACUGAUUGCAAUCUUUAUUAAUAUUAAUAUAUAAUAUAAAAUUUACAAAGAAAAAACUGAUUUAAUAACGACAUGCAAAUACAUAAAUGUAGAAAGCUGUGUCAGUGGAUUUUAAUUUUUAUAGAGUGCGCUCUAUGUUCUGUGCGUCUUUAUAUAUAAAUAUAUUGUGCUAUAAAUAAUAAUUACUAUAUUUUAUCUACACAAUAAAAUAGAAGGAAAUGCA